UUUUUGGUUUGUUUCCCAAACACAACGUCAUUCUGAAUUUAUACAGGAAUACGUGCGUAUUCAUAGAUUGUAGAUAAAGCAUGUUGAGAGCCGGCGAUGUAGCGUUCGUGUUGGGCGGUGUUCUAGUGUUAGUGUGGGCCUUUGUUGGCGUGGCUGGGGUAUGUAGGAUGUCUCCUAAAGACCUAGUUACUCUGCAAGAUUUGGAAGAGAAAGUUGACGGAAUGGACUGGAUACAGAUUUACGUCUUCGAGGACAGAAGUAAUCAAAACUAUGGAAAAUGUAACGUGAGAUGGAACUUGCCGCCGGACUCUGACGGCUUUAUUCGCCGGCAACUAAUAUGCUACAAUUUCAACUACGAAGCAUGCGAGGACUUUGAAAGAGCUUUGAAACGAUCCGUUGAUGAAUGCGGAAGAGCUCAGGAAAAUGCAGAAAUCUGCGAACAUCUUUCAUAUUGUGCUAGUAGCUGGGCGAACCAAAUCAAAGCUGAGAAUGCUGGUACGAUGGUAGAGGCAGACCGACUAACGCUUCCUCCAAACUUUCUUCAAAAGUGGGGUCGCAUUACAGAGGUGACUUCCACAGAAAUGCUUUAA